AUGGCGAAAUGGUUCAUUGUGUCUUGUCUUUUAUUAUGUGCAAUUUCCUAUUCAUCUUAUUACCUAUUCACAUCGAACUCAUGGAUCAAAACUGUCAAAACGCAUACAUACAAAAGAUUUUAUGAAUUGAUUCGGGAAAAUGCAAAAUCGAAAUUGGAUAAACUGCAAGAAGAAGCGAUAUUGGCUGGAAAACCAUUUAUUCCGCCGUUCGUUAAUUUUGAUCGGGAGUACGCAAUUGCUCCAAAAUACAAUCUCUCAAUUUGUCGAAUAAAAAAGUCUAUGUCCACAUUGAUGUCAGGUGUGGCUUGUGUUCUUUACGAUACUGGGAAGUUUAUGAGGAAUAAUCGAAGUAUUUUGGAAGUUUGGAGCCAAAGAUUUUGUGCCGAUAAAAAUGAGUAUCGCCGCUUGAGUGAAGUGAAAUGGAGAAUGGGUGAUGCCCAUCACACCUAUACGAAAAUCGCAGUAAUUCGAGAUCCAAUUGCCAGAUUCAUUUCAUUUUUCUCGAAUAAGUGUAUUUUCGAAGCUCAAAAGUAUCCAGAUCGAAAGCAGUGCUAUAACUGUCAAGGGAACGUUACAUGCUACUUGGAGAAACAGUACAUGAGAUUUGCGCAGCACUCAAAUAACACGUUCUCAAAACUGAGACCGUCUUAUGAGGAUAAACACGCGGCGCCGUUGUCAUGGAACUGCGAAUUCCACAAACAUCUCAACGAGUAUAAAAUCGUGAAGCUCGUCGUAGAUCCCAAGAAUCGAAAGAGUGGAAUGGACAAUUUGAUGAGCGUUUUAAAAGAGAGUCAUGUUCCGAAUGCUACGCUAGAAUACAUUGAAAAAUCAGCGUUGGAAGGAGACACAGGGCAUGCGACGUAUGAUUCAGAUGCACAUGACGUCGUUCAAAGACAGAUUAAAAGCGAUCCGAAGAUUCGAGAGUGGCUGAGAAGAAUUUAUUAUUUGGAUUUUGUGAUUUUUGGUUUUGAUAUGAGUCUCAUUGAUAGUUGA